CAUUCAGAAGGUGAAGAAGAAAAGAUGGGGAUAAGUAUUUUCUGUCUAGUGGCGGGACUUUCCCUGGCCUUGGCGGAAAUAACACAACUUCAGAUGACCGACUGUGGUUCCAGUAGUGAUGUCGUAAUCCGUAGCGUUUCUGUGACUCCUAUGCCUGUCCAGGUUCCGGGCGACAUACAUCUCUCUGUUGACGCCAGCCUUACAAAUACCAUUGGAAGCUCGAAAAUGUCUCUAUCUGUUAAAAGAAAAACGUUUUUAGGGUUGGAAAUUCCAAUUCCAUGCCUUCUCCAUGUCGGUUCUUGUACGUACAAUGAUCUCUGCACAACGGUUCAGCAAAUGAUCACCGAGGACUGGGCUGGGAUAAUGGGGGGUAUUGGUAAACAAAUCCAGACUAUGCUGAGCAGUGUGGGAGUUAAUGCUAGCCAGUGUCCCCAGCCCCCCAGAGAUCUCCGUAUCAACGAUUACACCAUCAGCAUCCCCAGUAUUCCAUCAGUUCUCACCUGGUUUGCAGCGGGUGACUACCAUGUGAAUGUAAAAGUGAACGAAAACGCCUCGGGAAAACAGCUGGUGUGUUUGGACCUCCAGCUAUCUGUCACACAGCACAAGGAGCCCGGUAGUUCCGGCUGGCUGCUUGGCAGACGCAAAAGACGAUCUCAAUAUUGAAAUUGUCCACAUGACAUAAACAUUAUAAAUAAAGUUAUCAUUGAUCCAUA